CGAUAAACUAUUACAAGCCCCUGCUGAUAUUCUACCUAAUUUCAAAAACUACAUUGUAGUCCCUAAAGUCUCUAAUUCCUUCAAUCGAGUCCAGGGGCAUGACAACUGCCUGCCGAUAUAUAAAGUCCAACACGAGAAACCCUAAUCAGAAGGGUUAAUUGAAUAGGCCAUUUUUCUCUAGCCGCAGCGGCACCGUAGCAAAGCGCCUCCCUUUCACAAUGAAGUUCAACAUCGCUAAUCCGACCACCGGUUGCCAGAAGAAGCUGGAAAUCGACGAUGACCAGAAACUGUACGGUUUUUCGUUUCGCCUUCUUUUCUUUUUCCUUCAUUAUCGAUUUUGUUUCUUUUUAUUUUUCCUCUUUUGUUGUGGUAGCAAUUGGUUGUAGCUUAGGAAUGUUUCCUGUCUCUUUUAUGGUCUGUUUAUUCCAUUUUAUUGGACGUGUUUGGUUAUUGGUCGGAUUCGUGUUGAUACAGUGCGUUUGGAUAUCGGCGGUUUUUGAUAGAUAUACUUCCAAUCUAUGGAUUUAGCUUGCUCUUUCUGGUUCUUUGAAUAAAGUUAAGGUUAAUAUGUAUAAAGGAUGCUUAAGGAUAUCUAUGACUUGAAGAAUGAUAUAGAUUUAGAGGAUUAUGACAGCUCACUCUAAUUUGCUACUGGCUUUGACUGUUGGAAUCAUUUUGUGGGAAAUGUAUGCUUCAGUAAUUUCAUGUGUUUUUGGUCUGUUAUCUUCCGAAGAUCUAUACUUGAACCUGUCGGUUUGGUUGUGGAAUAAAGUGCUCUAGUGUUCUCUUUGCCUGUCUUUUCAGCUUUGUGAGUAACUGAUAUCACUGUAUUCCAUCACAUAUUUUGUCAGCCCUGUAAUUCUGGAAGCUAUUGGUUCUGCUAACGCUUUUAUUUGCUUCCUGUAAAUAUCUGGACUUUUCUCUGAUCUGCAAACUAACUUGACAAGUUGUUCUAAGUUUUUCCUGUAAAUAUCUGGACUUUUCUCUUGAUCUGCCAACUAACUUGACAACUUGUUCAAAUUUCAGCCGUGCUUUCUAUGACAAGAGAAUUUCUCAAGAAGUGAGCGGGGAUGAAUUGGGUGACGUAUGUUUUUGCUUUCAUCUCUUCCUGAAUGAGUAUUCUUGAGUUGAAAUUUUUUUUGUUAACACAAACAUGGAUCCUGUGACAGGAAUUCAAGGGUUAUGUCUUCAAGAUCAUGGGAGGCUGUGAUAAGCAGGGUUUCCCCAUGAAGCAGGGUGUGUUGACUCCUGGACGUGUUCGCCUUCUUCUUCACCGAGGCACGCCUUGUUUCCGUGGCUAUGGAAGGCGCAAUGGAGAGCGUAGAAGGAAGUCUGUUCGUGGUUGUAUUGUUAGCCCCGACCUCUCUGUCCUUAACUUGGUCAUAGUGAAAAAAGGUGAUGCCGAUCUGCCUGGUCUCACUGACAUCGAGAAACCGAGGAUGAGGGGUCCAAAGAGGGCCUCAAAGAUUAGGAAGCUCUUUAACCUUACCAAACAAGAUGAUGUUACGAAGUAUGUUAACACAUACCGCAGGACCUUUACCACCAAAAAUGGUAAGAAAGUCAGCAAGGCCCCUAAGAUUCAGAGGCUUGUCACUCCUUUGACUCUUCAAAGGAAGAGAGCUAGAAUUGCCGAUAAGAAGAAGAGGAUCGCCAAGGCUAAGACUGAAGCUGCUGAGUAUCAGAAGCUUCUUGCCUCCAGGUUGAAGGAGCAACGUGAUAGAAGAAGCGAGAGCUUGGCAAAGAAGAGGUCCAGGAUUUCAGAGGCCAAGAAGUGAAGUUGUCUCAAGUCAUUUUGACAAUGUCCCCUUAUCACCCUAGUUCUUUUAAAGUCUAUGGAUUCUAAAACAUACCAGAAUUUUGCCUUUUAUUAAGAUGUGGAGCUUAUGCAUUACUGUUUAUUACUGCUUUAAGAGAUUUUGGUGACUGAUGAUUCAAUGUCUUCACAUAUCAACUUAUCAAUUUUCUUAAGGGUGAACUACAAUUUACCCCCCGAGUUUUGGCCCGUUAACUAAAUGCCCCUCUAGUUUUGGCGAUAUUACAAUUUUCCCCUUUAACAGGGUGAAAAAGUUGGUCAAUGCCAGAAAAUGACGAAAAGCCCUGAACUUAUACCAGCCAAAAAAUAAAAAAUAAAAAAUGAAAAAGCUUAAUGUGAAAGGCUUCUCCCGUCUUUUAAGCACCAAAACCUAAAUCGGCAUUUGCCUUUUCCUCUCCAUCCACGCAAUUUCAAAUUUGUCAAAUUAUAAAACAUGCAGAUGCAGAAUGUUGGAAUGGGCAGCCAGCCGUGUUCCUUCACGGAUUUCAACCUCAAUCCUUCAAAUUAGGGCUCUCAACGAACUGAGUCAAGUCCAAACAGUUAGGUAUUCGAGCUCGAGUUCGACAAAAAAUAUGAAGCUCGUAUUUGAGUUCGAACUCGGUCGAACAUCUAAAUUGAAGUUUGAGUUUAGGUCGAAAUAAAAACGAAUAGCUCGAG